AUGGGAGAGGCCGACAAUCGAAAAAGGCAUUUUGUUUUGAUCCAUGGUUCAGUUGCAGGAGCUUGGAUAUGGUACAAGGUGAAGCCUGCGCUAGAGGCAGCUGGCCACCGUGUCACAGCUCUUGACAUGGCGGCAUCAGGGGUGAGCACAAAAACUAUUGAAGAAGUUCGUACUUUUGAUCAAUAUAAUGAGCCCUUGAUGGAGUUCAUGGCCAAUUUACCCGAAAAUGAAAAGGUUGUCUUGGUGGGGCAUAGCUUAGGAGGCUUGAAUUUGGCUUUUGCUAUGGAGAAGUUCCCAGAGAAGAUUUCUCUUGCUGUUUUUCUUACUGCAAUCUUGCCUGAUACCGUGCAUCAGCCAUCGUAUAUGUUAGAGAAGCAUGCUGAAAUCGGUCCCAAGGGAGAAGAGUGGCAAGACACUGAGUUUUUAUCCCAUGGAACCCCUGAAGAACCGCAUGCAUGUGUUCGCAUGGGAUAUGAGUUCAUGAAGUGCAAGCCCUUUCAUCUUUCCCCCCUGAGACCGGGCUCGCAGUUUGUGCACAGUCUGUCCAAGGCAAAGAAGUUCACCGAUGAGAGAUAUGGAUCAGUUCCGAGAGUUUAUAUUGUUUGUACUGAGGAUUUAAUGUUGUGUGCAUCAUUUCAGCGUCGCAUGAUUGAACACACUAAGGUUAAGGAAGUGGUGGAGAUUCCAGCAGAUCAUAUGGCAGUUUUUUCCAAGCCUAAAGAACUCAGCCAAAGUAUACUGGAGUUGGCUCGUAAACAUGCUUAG